CGGAAAAAGAAGGCGGCCUGAGCGACUGUAGCUGCCGACCGGAGUUUCAAAAAUACGACAAAGCAGAUACAUACUGUGAGAUACAUACUCAUAGCAAAUAUAUCAAUAAUAACCUAAGAGGUUCGUCUUUUGUAAAGCCCACGAAACGGAAGUUGAAUGUAGAGCAUUGGAGCGCUAUUUGAAGUGACGAUAGAAGACGAACCACUGCUAUGCUAAGAUGGCGACGUCCAGUCAAAGAGAAGGCGGAAGAGAAUCAGCGCUACCAACUCCCAGCAAAUCAUCAAAGGAAAAGCCUGCAGAUCACGACUUCCAACAGUUGAUUGGUCAUCAUAAAGAACGUCCCAAAGAGCCGCAGGGGGGAAGCACCAGAUUGAAGCAGGAGGCUCCACAGCCCCCUCAUGUUAAAGAGGAAGAGGGGGAACUCAAAAUCACACAUGAGGGAGAGUGUCUUCUAUGGCCGGAGACAGAUUAUCUCAGCAAGUUGCCACUCACUGUUGUCUCUGUGAAGACUGAAGACCACGAAGACAAACCACAUGAGUCCUUACGUUGGUUGUGUCCUUCCGACGUCCAGCAGCUGAUUGGUCAUCAAAAAGAACAUCCCGCUCAGCCACAAGUGGGGUGCUCCACUUUGAAGCAGGAAGAUCCACAGCUGCCCCACGUUAAAAAGGAAGAGGAGGAACUUUGGAUCACUCAGGAGGGAGAGUGUUUUCUAGGGCCAAAGGAGGCUGAUCUCACCAAAUUGCCACUGACUGGUGUCUCCGUGAAGACUGAAGACGAAGACAAACCACCUGAGUCAUCAGAGAUUCAUCACAGUCCAAGUGAGGAGCACAGAGGGGCAAAGCCUCCAAGCAGCAGAUCACCACAACACAUGACAACAGAAGCUGAUGGAGACCACUGUGGAGGAUCACAAGCAGACAAGCUCUUGGCUCCACUAUCAGAUAGUGAUGACACAACAUCGCACUCUUCUGAGGAUGAAGACAAAGAUGGCACCCAAGAACCUUUGAGCAGCGAUACAGACUGGGCAGGUGAUAUGAGGACUCACACUCACAACAAACACUCUGAAUGUUCUAAAAAGAAGAAAGGUAAAAAAUGUGUUACCUGCUCAGUUUGUGCUAAAAGCUUUUCUUCUAAGGGCCAUUUGACUCGACACAUGCCGAAACACACAGGUGAAAGACCUUUUACGUGCUCACUUUGUGGCAAAAGCUAUUCUUACAGACGCGGCUUGACUUAUCACAUGCUGACACACACAGGAGAAAAACCUUUUGGUUGUUCUGUUUGUGGUCACAGAUUCUUUCAAAAGUCACUUAUGAUAACACACAUGAGAAAGCACACAGGUGAAAAACCUUUUAGUUGCUCAGUUUGCGGGAAGAACUUUUCUUACAAACCUAAUUUAACUCAUCACAUGCUGAAACACGCAGGAGUAAAACACUUUGAUUGUUCGGUUUGUGGCAAAAGAUUCCAAAGUAAGUCAAGUAUGGUAUCACACAUGACAACACAUACAAGAGAAAAACGCUUUAGUUGCUCAAUUUGUGGUAAGAUCUAUUCCUACAAACGUAGUUUGACUUAUCACAUGGCCACGCACAGAGGAGAAAAGCCUUUUGGUUGUUCUGUUUGUGGUCAAAGAUUCUCUCAUAAGUCAGUUACGGUAUCACACAUGAGAAGGCACACAGGAGAAAAACCCUUUGGAUGUUCUGUUUGUGGUCAAAGAUUCCCUAGAAAGUCACGUAUGGUAUCUCACAUGGCAACACAUACAGGACAAAAACCCUUUGGUUGCACAGUUUGUGGUAAGGGCUAUUCUUACAAACACCUUUUGAAUGCUCACAUGGUGACACACACAGGCGAAAAGCCUUUUGUUUGUUCUGUUUGUGGCGAAAGACACUCGCAAAAGUCACAUAUGGUAUCACACAGGAGAACACACUCAAGGGAACAAGUUUGUCCAAUAGGGUCUGGGUCAACCUCAGAUAGUCAGCCAAAACAUUAUUGGAACCAAAAAGGCUUUGAAUGGUCUUUCUGACAUUCAUCCAUGCCCACUCCAAAAGUUAUAAAAAGUGAUGUUAAUCCCAAGAAAGUCAGAUCUUCCACAGAAUAACUUUUUUCUUUGGAAUGAAAACUUACUGGGAUUCAGCCUGACCUGCCUGCAGUGCCUUAUCUGACUUUUUUGUUGUUUUUGCCGCAUUUGGACUUAGAUUUUUUCUGACUUGCUCGACAGUUUCUAGAGAGAGCAAGGGCCAGCUCCACACUUAGCUCUCUCUCUCUCUGUGGAAACUGACAUCAAUUUAAAUUCUUCUUAGGUGACUUUAAUUUGGAUUUAAUUUCAUAUUGGAGACAUAUCAACACUUGUCAGUACGUUACCAUGAGAAACUUGUUUGAUGGUGUGCACCUCUUCGGGCAGCCUGAUAUUCCAGCAGCUGGACCCCGGAUUUGGAGUAGCAAAAGGUGACCUGAUCAACAGAAAUGACAUCGUAGGUGUACAGUGGGUAAGGGAAGUAAAACCAGAUACUGUAUGUUGUGUACAGUCAGUGGCGUUUCUAGCUUCAAUGGCGCCCUGUGCGAGACCUCCCUUUUGGCAUCCAAUACGUGUCAGGUUUGUGGGAUCUUGUCCCCUUGAUCAAAUGGUUCCAUCAUCCACAAAUUGAACCCAAAUAUAAAAGAGGAAGAUGGUGUGAAGUUAUGUGCGUGGCUUUGUACCUCUCUGCCCAUAGAGAACAUUAACGCUAACAUCUUAACACAGAAACAUGAGACAUUCGGGGUGUAACGAUUACUUUUAAUAACAAUUCAAUUCAUAUCACGAUUCAUGGUUGCCGAUACCAUUCAAGGACGAUAUUGGUUUAUUUAUAACGAUACAAUCCGAAACGAUUUCAUAACUUUUUACCCAAAAAUUCAACCCGUGUGACUGUGAAACGAAUACCUGGAUACUGGACAGUGCAGGUAAAGUUUCCGAGAUUCCUGUUGUACCUCAUUCACUUCUCUACCCCAAGUAUUAAAGAAGUUAGAGCAAAUUUCAUAGAGGGUAAUAGUGCCUUUGGUGCCCAUUGCUUUAACAUUGAGUCGAGACAAGAGCUGUGAUCGACCCGCGGACCUUGGCAAGUACAACCGUACUACAAAAUAUAUAAUAACUUAGGCUGUGACAUUUGUUUGAAAAGUUAACAAAGUAGCCAUUUACAUUUUAUUGAUCAUCAAAAAAUUAAGGGAAGAAAAUCAAGUGUCAUUUCAUGUAGGCCUCACUACACACGCCACACUACUAAUUGCAUGUACACAGUAAUUCCAAGGCAAAAAUUAAAAUUAUUAUUAUAUUAUCAUUAUAUAGCCUGUCGUGCUGUAUUUCCUACUAUCCGAUUCAAUCGAUUGAUUAUCUUUUAAACGAUGUUAGAUCGAUAUGUCAUCCUGAAUGGAAACUUUGCUGGACACAGAUCGAUGUAGUUGUAUCAUAGAAAUAUAAAUGGAUGAAUCGUUACACCCCUAUGAGACAUGACCCCAAGAUCUUUCAUUCAAACAAACACACUGUCCUUGCAGAUAUCUCGCACACACACAAACACACACACACACACACAGAUUCUAGACAAGCCGCCUCUUUAUCUCCGUCUUAGGAGCAUUUCAUCAUAAAAGAGGACUUUGCACAACCUUUGUUGGCAGUUAAUUGCUAUCUCCAGCGCUGGCAUUGGAACUGUUUGUAUUUGCUUCAGUUUGAAAUAAAUUGUAAACUCUCCUUGAGACUCCUAGACUCAUUUCACAGCUGUUAGAAUAAAAGAGCCCAGAUGGACUUGAGCCCUCUAAAAGGGCUGAUCUGAACUCUAUUCCAUUCCAUUCCAUUCCAUUCCAUUUUCCUCCGCUUAUCCGGGUCCGGGUCGCGGGGGCAGCAGUCUUAGUAGGGAAGCCCAGACUUCCCGGUCCCCGACCAGCUCCACUGGGAGGACACCAAGGCGUUCCCAGGUCAGCAGUGAGACAUAAUCCCUCCAGCGUGUCCUAGGUCUUCCCCGGGGUCUUCCCCCGGCUGGGCAUACCCGAAACACCUCACCAGGGAGGCGUCCGGGAGGCAUCCGGACUAGAUGCCCGAGCCACCUCAGCUGGCUUCUCUCGAUGUGAAGGAGCAGCGGCUUUACUCUGAGCUCCUCUUGGAUAACCGAGCUCCUCACCCUAUCUCAUAGGGUGAGUCCCGCUAAUCUACGAAGAAAACUCAUUUCAGCCGCUUGUAUCCGCGAUCUCGUUCUUUCGGUCAUGACCCAAAGCUCAUGACCAUAGGUGAGGGUGGGAACAUAGAUCAAAUGGUAAAUUGAGAGCUUUGCCUUCCGGCUCAGCUCUCUUCACCACGACGGUCCGGUACAGCGACCGCAUUACUGCAGACGCUGCGCCGAUCCGCCUAUCGACCUCACGCUCCAACCUUCCCUCACUCGUGAACAAGACCCCGAGAUACUUAAACUCCUCCACCUGGGGUAGGACCUCAUUCCCAACCCGGAAGGAGCAAUCCACCCUUUUAUGACUGAGAACCAUGGCUUCAGAUUUGGAGGCGCUGAGUCUCAUCCCAGAAGCUUCACACUCAGAUGCAAACCGUCCCAGUAAACGCUGCAGGUCACAGCCCGAUGAGGCCAUCAGGACCACGUCGUCUGCAAAUAGCAGAGAUGAGAUCCUAAUUGCCCCUGAACUGGACUCCCUUGACACCUUGGCUGCGCCUAGAAAUUCUGUCCAUGAAAAUUAUAAACAGAAUUGGUGACAAAGGGCAGCCUUUGCGGAGGCCAACGUUCACAGGAAACAGGCUUGACUUACUACUGGCAAUGCGAACCAGGCUCCUGCUCCGGUUGUACAAGGACUGAAUGGCACGUAGUAGCGCGCCACCAAUCCCAUACUCCCGGAGCACCCCCCACAGGACACUGCGAGGGACACGGUCGAAUGCCUUUUCCAGGUCUACAAAGCCCAUGUAGACUGGUUGGGCAAACUCCCAAGUACCCUCAGUACCCUUGCAAGGGUGUAGAGCUGGUCCAGUGUUCCGCGACCAGGACGAAAACCACAUUGCACCUCCUGUAGCCGAGGUUCGAUUAACGGUCAUACCCUUCUCUCCAGCACCCUGGAAUAGACUUUCCCAGGGAGGCUGAGGAGUGUGAUCCCCCUAUAGUUGGAACACACCCUCUGGUCACCCUUCUUGAAAAGGGGGACCACCACCCCAGUCUGCCAGUCCAGAGGUACUGUUCCCGACUUCCACGCAAUGUUGAAGAGACGUGUCAGCCAAGACAGUCCUGCAACAUCCAGAGCCUUGAGGAAUUCAGGGCGAAACUCGUCCACCCCCGGAGCUUUGCCACUGGGGAGCAUUUUGACUACCCCAGAUACCUCAGCCCCGGUGAUGGAACUGUCCGCGUUCGUGUCCUCA